AUGGUUUUUCACAAUUUCAGAAUAAAUCGAGUGAAACGGUGGGGAUACGGCUACGGCGGUUACGGCGGUUAUGGAGGUUAUCCCGGAGGUGGAUAUUAUCCUGGUGGUGGAGGAUUUUACCCUGGUGGUGGUGGUGGCGCUUUCGGCAACUCAUGGGGGAGGUCGAUCUCGCUCAAUACCAAUCUCAGACUCGGUGGAUUUAAUAAUGGAUAUAGUAUGUUUGGUCGAUAG